AUGGCAGUAGAAACACGAGACCAGUUAAAAGUUGAAAGAGCUCAGAUCAGCACCCUCUCUGCUGAUAUGGAAAGGCUCAUCAAGGCAAACAAUACUCUGAUGGCCGAAGCCCAAGCAAUCCGCAAGGACUUCGAGGAUUACAAGGACGAAGUAAAGGGCCAGAUGGAUGCCCUUUAUAGGAGAAAGUCGUCGGAAAACUUCGAGACCUGGUUCACAAACCUUCUCAUUUGGCUCGAUUACAACCAUUUCACGGACGACAAGGACAAAAUUCAGCAGGCCAAUGCCCAUCUGGAAGGAGGAGCAGCUCUGUACAUGAAAGAGUAUGCAAUCAAGCUCACCUCUGAACAAGAUGUUGGCACAUGGGCAGAAUACACCAGGAAACUGGAAAUGGCACACAAGACGCUUGAUCCCAAGUGCACGGCACAGUCAAUGUUAGAUGUGCACUGCACAAUUCACCACAAGAUGAUGAUCGCCUUCGCAGAGAAUUUCAGGGCUUAUGCCCCCAAAUCAGGAUACUCUGAUAAAGAUCUGAUCGUCAAAAUUAGGGAACAACGGUCGACCCACAUCCAGACAGUUAUCUUGGAUACAUCAUCUCAAAUUGCAGCACUGGAACAAGCAAUUGCUGCAUUACGCGAGAUGAAGACCUCUACCCCUAUGUCCUCAAUAGGCAAGGGCAAAGAAAAGGUGAAAAAGGACGAUGUGGCAUCUAACGCAUCCACGGCAUCAACGGCUAAGGACACCAAUGCGAGAAUCAUCGAGAUGGAUGAAUUCUUAGAGGAUUUUCAGUACGAAGUGUAG